CGAGGCUCACAUAUAUAUUCCCGGAGAAAAGUAGGUUCCCUGUUCUUGAGGCUCCCGAGGCUGCAUGCGCAGUAGCACAAGAAUGAACUCGCUCGCAAUACUUAUCUUGUGCCUGACAUCUUAUGUGUUAUCGUAUCAAGUUAAAACAAAGACCCACCAUGGGGGAGGAAAUGAGCCUACAAAUUUUUAUGGAGACUUUACGGAUUAUAUGCGCAAAGUGCAACACCAGGCUCGCAAGCAACACAACUAUUACAGAAGACUCCACGGCGUUCCUGACCUGAAAGAGAGCGAAGAGUUGAACAGGUAUGCUCAAGCGUGGGCUGAACGGUUAGCCAAGACGGGACAGUUCAAGCAUAGGAGUAAGUCGCCUUACGGUGAGAACAUCUAUAUGAGCUACAAUAGCAACCCUAACUUCAAGCUUAACGGUGAGUCAGUUAUCUAUGUCUUGUUCUUAUAGAAUUAAAAAAAAUUA